AUGUCGCUUGUCAUCCUCCCAGUCGAACAUGCGGAUGUGAAGCAAUGUAUCGCCCUGCGCAUCGCCAGUUUAGGCUCCCUCGUCAUCGGCCGCUCACCGCCGUACCCAGGCUACACCGAAGAGGCAGAGGCUUCCCUUCAUCAUGAUCUCGACACCAAGCCGCCGUAUGUGCGGCACCUGAAGGUAGUAGAUACGGAGAGUCGCGGAGAGGUGGUGGCGUACGCGAAGUGGGAGGUCUACGAGCACGGCCGGCCAGAUGCUGACCAGCUGCUGGCUCCGAGAUCAGAGCCCGUCAAGCAGGUGGACCGCUUCGGGCCCCUGAGGCGGGCGGCGGACGCGUAUUUCAGUCGGCGGAACGGCGAGAUGGGAAGACGGCCGCAUAUUCGUGAGUCUACGCUGUCUUGA